GGCCUCCGCGCCCCGCCCUGCGCGCUCGGGCUGGCUCGGCGGCUGCUGCGGGCGGGCGCGCGGAGGGCCGGUGCCCCGCAGCAGGUGGGCGGGGUGCGGUUGGCGUCGGCGGCUGGGCCAGGGGCUGCCGGCUGCGCUCGGGCCGUGCGCGGCGGCCGUGCGGGCGCGCCAUGGACUUCAACAUGAAGAAGCUGGCGUCGGACGCGGGCAUCUUCUUCACCCGGGCCGUGCAGGUGAGGCCUGGCGUCGCGCCGUGCGCCGGGGGCCCGGAUGUGCGGCGGGCGGGGAGCACCCUGCGGCAGACGCCUGGGGACGCGGGGAAGCCCUCUCGGGGUUCUGCCCCUGUCCCCGCCGCGGGCACACCUCUGCCCCCCCUGAGCCAUUGCUGACCGGAAGAGGGAAAGAGCCCGUGUGGCCCGAGCCGGGCCUUGGCCCUGCUGCCUGGGGCGAGGCACCGGUGCCCACCCUUUGGGCCGGUUGGGUUACCCUGCUCCCCUGGCGCCUGCCCGGCUGAGGAGGGGAGGAGGCACCGGCUGGGUGCUACCUCCCUGCCCUUGUCCAGCAGUGACUGGCGCCCAUCGGGGCAUUUAGCGACCUGGGUCCCAGGCCCAGGGACUCAUGCGUCCGCCACAACCCGUUCUCCGAGCCUCAGUCUCUGCACCUGUGCAAUGGGCGGCUGGUGCCAUGAGUCCCUCAUGGCCAUUUCACACGCUUGGAUAGUCAGGCCGGAAGCCAGGAGCUGUUUCUUUUCUGCUCCACAGGAGUUCACGGAGGAGAAAUUUGGCCAGGCUGAGAAGACUGAGCUUGAUGCCCACUUUGAAAACCUUCUGGCCCGGGCAGACAGCACCAAGAACUGGACAGAGAAGAUCUUGAGGCAGACAGAGGUGCUGCUGCAGCCCAACCCCAGUGCCCGAGUGGAGGAGUUCCUGUAUGAGAAGCUGGACAGGAAGGUCCCCUCAAGGGUCACCAACGGGGAGCUGCUGGCUCAGUACAUGGCAGACGCGGCCAGUGAGCUGGGGCCGACCACCCCCUAUGGGAAGACACUGAUCAAGGUGGCAGAAGCUGAAAAGCAACUGGGAGCCGCAGAGAGGGAUUUUAUCCACACGGCCUCCAUCAGCUUCCUCACACCCUUGCGCAACUUCCUGGAGGGGGACUGGAAGACCAUCUCGAAGGAGAGGCGGCUCCUCCAAAACCGGCGUCUGGACUUGGAUGCCUGCAAAGCGAGGCUGAAGAAGGCCAAGGCUGCAGAAGCCAAAGCCACGUGUGAGGGAGAUACGGUGCCUGACUUUCAGGAGACUAGACCUCGUAAUUACAUUCUCUCGGCCAGCGCCUCCGCGCUCUGGAAUGAUGAAGUGGACAAGGCCGAGCAGGAGCUCCGCGUGGCCCAGACAGAGUUUGACCGGCAAGCAGAAGUGACCCGUCUCUUGCUGGAGGGAAUCAGUAGCACUCAUGUGAACCACCUGCGCUGCCUCCACGAGUUCGUCAAGUCUCAGACAACCUACUACGCACAGUGCUACCGCCACAUGCUGGACUUGCAGAAGCAGCUGGGCAGCUCCCAGGGUGCCAUAUUUCCAGGCACCUUUGUGGGCACCACAGAGCCCGCCUCCCCGCCCCUGAGCAGCACCUCACCCACCACCGCUGCGGCCACUAUGCCUGUGGUGCCCUCUGUGGCCAGCCUGGCCCCUCCAGGGGAGGCCUCGCUCUGCCUGGAAGAGGUGGCCCCCCCUGCCAGUGGGACCCGCAAAGCUCGGGUGCUCUAUGACUACGAGGCAGCCGACAGCAGUGAGCUGGCCCUGCUGGCUGAUGAGCUCAUCACUGUCUACAGCCUGCCUGGCAUGGACCCUGACUGGCUCAUUGGCGAGAGAGGCAACAAGAAGGGCAAGGUCCCUGUCACCUACUUGGAACUGCUCAGCUAGGCGGGUUCCCCCCCCACCCCCCCGCAUUCUGGCCUGGGCAGGAGAGGAUGGGCGCAGCCCUGCCACUUGUUUGUUGGUGACACAGCUGUUCAGAGUGGGGAGAAGAAUUCACCCCAUUCUGUCCCUGCCCCUAGUCACCUAGCUGUGAGGGUGCCUGAGGCUGAAUGGCCCCACCCCUCCCCCAGCCCUGCUUCUGACCUGUGGCUCUGGAGCCCCUGCCCCUGCCUGCAUCCCCGAGCACCCCACCCUCCCAGCUCUGCUAAGGAGGGAGGGGCUGUCUGCAGCAGCUGCACUCAGCACCUAGGCCAGGGUGGGGCCGCCGCAGAUGGGCUCAGGAAGCCCCAGGUGCACUCAGCGAGAGCCUUGCCUUUCGGUUGCCAAAAGCUGCAUCAGGGGAAUGCGGCAAGGCACACAGGGCUCUGGCAGCCCCUGGGGACUGGGCGCUGCCCCUGGGAGGGGAGAGCCUGGCCAGGGCUGGUGUUGGGCCCGGAGCAGCAUCUUCCGGUGCUAUCCUUCCCUCCCACCCCUCACAGCUCAAGCCAAGUCCAGCGGCCGCAGCCUCCACCUCUCCACACUCACUUUUUAUCUGGUGUUUUUACUUCUGCCUGCAUUUGCUCUCUAGCCAAUAAACCCUCCUUGUGUGCGAGUCA